CUCCAAAAAUCCAACGCAAACCAGAGUUUGGGAUUCCAAAUCCAAGAGACAACCACAUUACUAGAUCAUCAGAAGAUGAGGAUGGGCGCUCACGAUCUGAAGCUCAAGGGGCUCAAGAGGUCCCUCAAGGAGCACAAGGCAAGGCUCUACAUCAUCCGCCGAUGCGUCGUGAUGCUCCUAAGCUGGCAUGAUUGAUCAAGCGAUUUGGAGCGAAUUUCUUCACAGUUUCUCUUGCUUCUCUAUCUGACUGGCCAGCAUAGUGGCUGAAAUUUUGGUCUCCAUCUCUGAUGUAUGUAGCAGAUGUAUAUAGCCUGUCAAAAUAGGAAGACUGAAAAUGAAUGGCAACUUCUUCCUUGA